AUAUUUAUUUGUUCAUUUGUUUGAUUUUCCAUGAAGAAGUACUUACAGAACUCGGUAUAUAAUACAGAAAAUGACUAGUCAAAGUGAGUUAACAAAAUUAAGUGAUGAAAGUUUGGCGCGACCACCUGACGAAGUGUUUGAUAUUAUUUGUAAAAUAGGACGAGGGUCCUAUGGCAGUGUAUACAAGGCACUCCACAAGGAGUCGGGCCAGGUCCUGGCCAUUAAACAGGUCCCAGUGGAUACCGACUUACAGGAGAUCAUUAAGGAAAUCUCCAUUAUGCAGCAGUGUGACAGUACUUUCAUUGUCAAAUACUAUGGCAGCUACUUCAAAAACACAGAUCUAUGGAUUGUGAUGGAGUACUGUGGAGCUGGCUCUGUAUCUGACAUAAUGAGACUUCGCAAUAAAACGUUAUCUGAAGAUGAGAUAGCCACCAUCUUGUUUGAUACACUGAAAGGUUUGGAGUAUCUUCACUCAAGGCGGAAAAUCCACAGAGAUAUCAAAGCUGGAAACAUCCUCCUUAACACAGAAGGGCAUGCCAAACUGGCAGACUUCGGAGUGGCGGGGCAAUUAACGGACACAAUGGCCAAAAGAAACACUGUGAUAGGUACACCGUAUUGGAUGGCACCAGAGGUUAUACAGGAGAUUGGGUACGACUGUGUAGCUGAUAUAUGGAGUUUAGGUAUUACAGCUUUAGAAAUGGCUGAAGGCAAACCUCCCUACGGUGAUAUCCAUCCCAUGAGAGCAAUAUUUAUGAUACCGACGAAACCCCCACCCUCCUUCAGGAAUCCUGAUAAAUGGUCCUCUGAGUUUAUAGACUUUGUCUCCAAAUGUCUCAUCAAAAAUCCUGAACAGCGAGCCACAGCACCACAACUUAUGAAUCAUGAAUUUAUUAAGAAUGCCCAGCCUUGUACUAUACUGCAAGAUAUGAUUAAAGAAGCCAAAGAGAUUCUCACCGCCCAAACAUCAGUUACCACAAACGGAGACGAUUCAGGAGAAGAAGAUGAUGUUGAUUCGGGUACCAUGUUACAUAAACGAGAUGAUACAAUGAAGUCAGAAUCUGUAGGAACACUGGUGCCUAGCAACAGUGGGACAGUGAUUGUGAACAGUGAGGCCGGAACUAUGGUGGAGUCUGAACUGGGAACCAUGGUCAUCAACGAAGACACAUCAGACGAUGACUCAACAAUGAAAAGGGUGGAUAGUGGCUAUGCUAGCUCACUUGUCAGAAAAUGUGACCAAGGACAUGACACUGACCAAGGAGGAAAAGACAAAUAUCGACCCGCAUUUCUUGACCACUUUGAGAAGAAGGAACAGGACAAGGUGCCUGCGGCUACUCGUCCAUCAACUCAAGCUCCACCUCCUGUCCAGUCACCUAUCUCACAGCCCAAACAGGUCACUCCGCCUCACUACUUCCAACGCUCUUUCAUUGAUGGAGAUUUUGAAUUUUUACGAAACCUAGCUUAUGAAGAUUUAGAGAAAAGGUUGUCUGAUCUAGAUCCUGAAAUGGAACGUGAAAUUGAUGAGUUGCGUGCAAGAUAUCAAGCAAAGCGUCAACCAAUUCUUGAAGCAAUUGAUGCCAAGAAAAAAAGACAGAAUAACUUUUAAACAGAUUCAGAAAAUGUUAAUAAAUGAUUAUAAACUCA